ACCCCCGCACGCGCAUUCCCUUUUGUAUCCUGACCCAAAUUACUUCGCUUGUAUAAAUUACUAUCACUGAUCUCUCUUUCAACAGCUAAUUUCUUCUGGGUUUUCUUAUUUGGUUAAAGAUCAUCAGAAGCUUUGGUCAAGUGAUUUCCAAUUGACCGCAGAGUCACGGGAGUGAGAGAACAAAGUAGCAAAUGAACGGAUCAGAUAUAACCACAAGGUGGAAGAAUUUGAAAGUGUGGUUAGGAUUUAACGGUAUUGGCUGUUGUGGGGCCUCAUGGAGUCCCAGAACUCCCACCAUGACCAUCAUCGAGAACCCAGUCAGUGUCGAUGAUGAAGACGAUCAUCCGGUGACCACCGAUUUUGGCCAGAUUCCGGUGCAGCGAAGCAGUAGUAGUGGUGCUACGAAUACGAAUACUACGUCGUCUGGGAUGAACCUGGCAAUGGCAUUAGCGGUGGAGCGCAAUUUACGGGUGGACAAUGUGGGUCCCAGAAUAACAGGGCCAGUGAAGACGUUAAUGAGAUUGAUUGAAGAAACGGAGGGUGUGGAUUGGGGGAAUGGAAAGGGUGGAAGGAGUAGUGAUUGGGUGUGCUGCGUGUGCAUGGAGAGAAAUAAAGGCGCGGCGUUUAUACCAUGUGGACAUACCUUUUGCAGGAUUUGUUCCAGAGAUUUGUGGGCCAAGAGAAAGACUUGUCCGAUUUGCAACCGUUUGAUUAUACAAGUCCUUGAUAUCUUUUAGACAUCAUGUUAUUGUCUGUGAUUAUUUCAUGGAAAAAUGAGAGUGGAAAGCGAGGGUGGACUUUGUUUGCUUACUUGUUCUUAUUUUGCCUUCUUAAUGAAAAGGCCUGUAAAUUUUGCAUUACUAAGAAAUAAUGGGUGUGUUUGCAACUGCUAAACGCAACACGUCCCG